AACAUGACUGACUGGGAAGCGGUGGCUCAGGCAGAGUAGCUCUGCUGGCGCAAGCAAGGAAGAGCAGCAGGAUUAUUAAAUAACGCAGCUCGACUCUGCAACUGGGAGUGGAGAGAAGGAGCCCAACAGCCGAAAAGGGAAGGGAGGGCAUAGGAGGGGGUCCAGGGAAGACACCCCCGUGCCCCGAAGACAUAAAUCACUGAGUGCCCAGGAGGAGCCUUAACAAGCAGCGAGGAGCCUUCAAGGCUGCUAAGUUGGCUACCACAGUACAAGCCUUGGAGUCCCAAUGGGGGACUCUGGAUCACGACGAUCUACUCUGGUCUCCCGUUUGCCAAUAUUCAGAAGAAGUAUUAGCAGAAGACAUGAUUCUCUUCCUUCUUCACCCUCCUCCAGUAAUACAGUUGGUGUCCACAGUUCCUCUCCUUCCAGCACUAACUCAAGCUCAGGUAGUACAGGUAAACGCAGGAGCAUAUUUCGUACUCCGUCCAUUAGCUUUCACCAUAAGAAGGGGACUGAGCCUAAGCAAGAACCUACCAAUCAGAACCUUAGUAUUUCAAAUGGUGCUCAACCUGGUCACAGCAGUAUGCAAAAACUGAGUGUGGAAGAGCAUAUUAAAACCAGGGGAAGACAUUCUGUUGGUUUUAGUAGUUCACGAAAUAAGAAGAUCACAAGAUCUUUGACAGAGGAUUUUGAAAGGGAAAAGGAGCACUCAACUAAUAAGAAUGUCUUUAUAAAUUGCCUAAGUUCUGGCAAAAGUGAGGGGGAUGAUUCUGGGUUCACAGAAGAACACACUCGCCGUUCUGUUAAGCAGUCCACAAAGAAGCUACUUACUAAAUCUUUUUCGUCUCAUUAUAAAUUUUCUAAGCCAGUUCCGCAGAGCCAGUCUAUUUCAUUGGUACAACAGUCUGAAUUCUCAUUGGAAAUUACACAGUACCAAGACAGAGAACCUGUGUUAGCCAGAGCUUCUCCAUCUUGUUCGGUGGGCGUGACAGAACGGGCAGGGAGCUCCUUACAGUCUCCAUUGCUUUCUGCUGAUCUUACCACAGCUCAGACGCCUUCUGAGUUCUUAGCCCUGACGGAAGAUUCUGUGUCGGAAGCAGAUGCAUUUUCUAAAAGUGGAAGCAUGGUAUCCCACUGUGACAACUUUGGCCAUGCUGACUCUACCUCUCAGAUCUCUCCCAAUCCUGCUGCUGUUACAAAGACAACGAUAGACCUUAUGGGAACUGUUCCCUGUGCAAUUAUGUCUCCUGGAAAAUACAGGUUAGAAGGUCGAUGUAGCACUGAAUCUCAUUCUUUACCAGAAACCUCUGCUGCUAAUCAGAAGGAAGUGUUAUUGCAAAUCACAGAACUACCUGUUAUGAAUGGGAGUGACUCAGACACUCACCUACCGGAAGACACUCAAGGAGAGGAACAUACUGUAUUACAGAACGGUGAGACAAUGCUGGCGACAAGCUCCCCAAGGAAGCUUGCAUUUUACGAGCAACAUAAAGCAAUAGCCGAACGUGUUAAAGGAAUCCAUCCUAUUUCAGAUUCAAGGAUAAUACCUUCUUCCGGUGAUCGUCAUCUUUUUAACAAAACGUCAUAUGGAUAUGAUGCAAAUCCUGCCAAAGUUCUUGCCAGUAGCCUCAGUCCAUAUCGUGAAGGAAGAUUUAUAGAGAGACGAUUGCGAUCCUCAUCAGAAGGAACUGUGGGGAGUAGCAGAAUGAUUUUGAAACCAAAAGACGGAAAUGUAGAAGAAGUUAAUAGUCUAAGAAAGCAAAGAGCAGGUUCGUCAUCUUCAAAAAUGAACAGCAUGGUAAGUAAAUAUAUACACCUGAUGAAGUAA